UGAAAUUGAAUAUACUUUUCCCUUCCUAAUGACAUAAAACCAUAAUAGAGUGAUGAUGAAUGAAUCUAACAAAAACCAAACACGUACACCUUCUGUUCCCUAUUGACACAAGCAAUCUAAUGAAAGAAAGUUGCUAUAACCAAACCAACCAAUAGAAUUCUAUCAUAUGGGUCCCAUCACUAUCCCAUACCAAUAAAAGUGCUUUCUAAUAUAAACCAACACAUAACCAAUAAAACAAAACCAAAAAUAUUUUUUAUCCAAAAAAAGAGUAAAAGCAACCAACUUGUGUUGUGUGAUCAUCAUCAAAAACAAAAGAGUAAAAGCAACUCCAAAAUUCUUGCUUGUCAAAAACCAUUGAAUCAAAUUUGAAAACAAUCAAACCAUGUUUGAAAGUUUUCAUUUUUAUUGUUGAAUUGUUGAAUAAAUAAAGAAAAAGAAAAAAAGAAACAAACUUUACUAUAGUAUAGUGAUGAAGUGGUAGUGAACAAAGAUAGCUAGAGAGAGAGAGAGAUUCAUAUGAAGAGAAACGUAUAUUGUGGAAGAAAGAGUCAACCUGGGAAAGCCUGGAGAGUUUUUGUUGGAUGGUAUAUUGGAUUGCAUCCAUGAAAUCACAGUUGCACUUUCCUUUCCCAAUAGAAUGAGUGAUUCUCUUUACAAAGUUGAAACAACACCUCGUCUUGCUCAAUGGAGAAUCGAAAAUUUGGCUUCUUGCACUUAUCGCAAAUCAGAUCCUUUCAAGAUUGGAAACUGGAAUUGGUAUUUGUCGGUGGAGAAGCAUAAGGUUGUGUUUGUUAAAUUGUUUCCUGAAAUAUCCAAUGUAACAAGAGACAAUCCUCCAAUUGCAUCUUUUAUCAUGCGUGUGGUUAGUUCUGCUUUUGGAGAUCGAAAAGCUAUCAAUCAUCCAGAGAUAAAGGACAAAGUGAUCAAGAGCAAUGAGGAUUUUGUUUGGACACUUGAGGUUCCAUUGUCUGGAAAAUUCAUUAUUGAUGUUGAUUUCCUUGAUUUGAAGAUUGCAUCCCCAGAUGGUGGAGAACCUUGCUCCAUAUGGGGUGGUGAAGGAUUUACUCAAGAGAGAUCAAAUGCAAGAGCUUUAGGGUCUCUUGGUAUAAUGCUUAGAGAAAGCAUUCACACUGAUAUCACCAUCAAUACCUCUGAUGGAAGUAUAGGAGUUCAUAGAGCUGUUCUUUCGUCCCGGUCACCUGUCUUCCGGAGCAUGUUUUCGCAUGAUCUUAAGGAGAAAGAGUUGUCAACCAUAAACAUCACAGACAUGACCAUUGAAACAUGCCAAGCUUUUUUCAAUUAUCUUUACGGGAUCAUCAAAAACGAAGAAUUUCUGACACAUAGGCUGGCCCUUCUGCAUGCAGCCGAUAAGUACGAUAUAUCUGACUUGAGAGAAGCCAUCCAUGAGAGUCUGCUAGAAGAUAUUGAUACUAAAAAUGUACUUGAGAGGCUCCAAAAUGCAUCACUAUAUCGGUUGACGAAACUGAAGACGAGUUGUAUUCAGUACCUUGUUAAAUUUGGUAAAAUAUUUGAAAUUCGGGAUGAUUUCAAUACUUUCCUCCAAAAUGCGGAUAGGGAUCUCAUUACUGAAGUCUUCGGGGAAAUUAUUGGUGUCUGGAAAGGAUAUUGAAGAUCUUGCAACUUCAAAGAAAGAAAAAGAAGGCUUGGUCUUAUUUAAUACUCCCUCCGGUCCUUUUUAGAUUCAUUAAAUAAUUGAUGUAUUUGGUUUAUAAUAUAGACCACAUACAUCGGUUAUUCGACGAACGUAAAAAGUAAGUUGUUUCUUAUAAAAAGGGCCGGAGGUAGUAUGCACUAUAAAUAGAUUAUUUGAAUUUGUUGUGAAGGAUUUGCUUUGAUGAACUUAAUUCUUUUGCUCAAUUGUUAUUUCUUUUAUGAUUUCCUUGUACAUAUAUAUGUCAUGCUUUUCAUUAUAGUAAACCACAAGGUAGUAGCAUUGUUUACAUAAACCAUGUAUAUUGAACAAAAACAAGACUACAUAUAUUUGUGAAUUCAAAUGAUUUAUGAA